AUGCCCAGGCCUAACAGUGAUAAGGUUUCAGAGCUUCUGGAGGUGUCUACUCACCAAAUCAACCUGCUUACCUCACCUACUUUCUUACCAAAGGUGAAGGAUCAAGGAAAGUUCACUCUCCCUUGCACACUUGGGCAUAUUGAGCUUGACAAUGCCUUGGUGGAUUCUGGUGCAAGCAUCAACCUGCUCUCCCUCACAAUGGCAGAGAAGCUUGGCAUUGCUGGAGCAUUGCAGCGCCCUACUACCUCAAUCAUGUUUGGAGAUGCAACUUCCAAGUCUCCUCUUGGUGUGUUCAAGAACUAUCACUUGAAAAUAGGAGAAUGCAUCAUCCAAACUGACCUUACUGUCAUGGAGAUGGAAGAAGAAAGGGAUCUACCUCUGCUAUUGGGAACCUUGGACUUGUUCUUGAGAACCUUAGUUGAGAAAAUCAGCGUAACAAGGAUGACAAGCAGUGAGGGAAGCCGUGCUUCGCAAUGGAGAAUGGUUGAGGGUGAAUCAAACAAUGCAAUGGAAAGGAGGCUAAAGUUGCAAGCCGAUUUGGAAGGGAUGAAUCAAAGGAUUGAAGUUUCUGAUGCAGAGGGAUAUGUUUACUCUGAAUUGGAGUCUGAGAGCGAGAGAUUGAGGGAAGAGAGGAGGACCAAGAAGAGGAAUGACCCCAUUAGUAGUGAGAGCGAGCAAGGAGAGUUUGAGAUUGGGGUAAACAUUGGAAGAGAAGAGAGUGAUGAGUCUGAAAGUGAAGAAGAAGGAGAGGAGGUCAAUCAAGAGGUUGAUGAAAGUGGGCAUGAGAGUAACCAAGAUGAGCCCAUGGAGGAGGCUGAGCCACAAGAAGAGGAGGAUGAGCUCCCCAUGUACCAAGAGCACUACAAUGCUCUCUUCUCCAUGGACUUUGUGGAAACAAAGUACCCACAUGAUGAUACAAUGAAGUCUCUUGGAAUCUUCGAGGAUGUGGAGCUAGUCCUUAAGAACAUGCACUUGGCCAAGUUCUUCUCUCAUUGCAUGGAGUCAUACAAGGAGCUCACUUGUGAGUUCCUAACAUCGAUGAGGUACCACGAGUAUGAUGAGCUCGAUCGAGCUGACUUGGACCAAGGUUGGGGAUGGAUCACGUUCUAG